AAGACCUCAACAUCCUUCGCGUCGCUCGCCAGAUCAUUGCGCGCCGUCCGUCUUCUAAUCAUGUAUCGUCUCGCCCUUCUCGCUGUUGUCCUUUUUUGCCUUGCCUCAACCCUUGUUGCCACUGCUGUCCCUGCCGUCAACAGUACGCGUGAAGUCACAAAACGCAAAUACACCACCGCGCACUCUCUUGGCGAAGCCUACACUUUUGAUCCUCGCGACGGCUGGCAAUCCAUUAACGCAACCGAUCUCCAGUCGAAGUAUCGUCGCUCAACGCCAGCUCCCAAGAAUGGCAUCUCUGCACUCCUAGACAAAUUUCGUGGUCUUGCUGGCAUUGGAACAGCGAACAAGGCGAUCGUGACUUGGUACACUGGUCAUGAUCUUGACAACCCGAGUUGCUGGUCCAACACCAAGUGGCAUCCGACGGACGAAUCCUUUGUUUGCGCAACAACCUUAUUGGGGUGGACGACAAACAAACCUAAAUGUUUCGACUUCGUUGAGCUCUGCAAUGGCCCUUCCAAAUGCACAUUCACUCGAGUGGUCGAUACCUGCGCUGGCUGCAAAACUGGGACACAUCACCUCGAUCUUACUCGUGCUGCUUUCAGCCACCUGGGAAAUUUCGAUCAAGGCGUGCUCAAUGUUCAAGUCCGUCCUGCCUCGCAUCCGGCUGAUUGGUUUGAGGACCUGUGGGGCCCUAAAGUUUGA